GAAAUGCGACGCCCUUCAUUUUCAACGGCGUAAUUAAAAUUCGGUGUAAGCUCGCAGAGUGUAGUCACUCCAAAACAACAUGCGGAGACACGCGAGAUCUGGAAGCCUAGGCGAUAUCCCAGAUGACGAUCUAGAAAAAACAAAUGACAAUGAAAAGCAAGGUACGAAGAUAAAGAACAAUGAUAUCAAAGAUUACAUUGUAGAUUACACGAAUAAUUCAAAUCUUCAUGGCCUCAAAUACAUCGGUGAGAAAGAAAGGACUUACGUCGAAAAAAUAUUCUGGCUAAUUGCUUUUAUAUGCUGCGUAGUUCUGUGUAGUUGUUUAAUAAGACAAGUGUGGAUUAAGUGGAAUAUAAGCCCAGUGAUUGUAAGUUUUGCUGAAAACCCAACCCCGGUUUGGCAGAUACCAUACCCAGCCGUUACGAUUUGCGGAGAAACAAAAACUAGGCAGAAAAAAUUCAAUUUCACUGAAUAUUUUCAUUUAUACAGAAAUAAACGCGAUAAUUUAACAGAAGAAUUAAAAAAUCUUUUUGAAGACGUCACAAUGAUUUGUGACGAUCACCUUGCACCAUCUAUAGGACGAAAUUUCAGUGAAGGGGCGGACAUAACAAACAACAUAAAAAUGGUAUCGCCUACAUUGACAGAUGUAUUUUUUGAGUGUACUUGGAAGGACACACCGGUAGAUAAUUGUUCUAUGCUUUUCUCUCCAGUGGUAACUGAAGAAGGAAUUUGUUACACAUUUAAUACCCUCCGAGCUGAAGAGUUAUUUAGGACAGAGAAUUUGCAUAAAGAUUAUCCAUAUUUGGAGCAUGAUAAAAAAGCUGGAUCUUGGAAUUUAGAUGAGGGUUAUGCUCCAAAUACACCUAUAGAAACUUAUCCGAAUCGGGGAUCGGGGUAUGGUGCAAAAUCUGGUUUAACGUUUGUACUGAAAGCAAAUACCAUCGAUCUAGAUUAUCUUUGUAGAGGUCCAGUCCAAGGAUUCAAGAUCCUUUUACACAAUGCAGCCGAGUUACCUAGACUUUCACAGCAAUAUUUUCGUUCGCCUCUAUCACAAGAAAUCGUAGUCUCCGUGAAACCAAAACUGAUGACUACCUCUGAAGGAUUGAGACCUUAUGAUCCCGAAAGACGACAGUGUUAUUUCCCAAACGAGCGCUACCUUCGAUAUUUCAAAGUCUACACUCAAGCAAAUUGUCAAAUGGAAUGUUUGGCCAACUUUACAUACGCACGAUGCGGCUGCGUUCAUUUCGGAAUGCCACAUGCCACGGAUAUGGCUGUAUGCAAUGCAGGAAGAAUGGCGUGCAUCAAAAAAUCUCAAAUGGAAUUGGUAACGAUUGGAAUACAAUCUGCAAUAGACAAAAAAGCUUCAGACACGGAAGCAUUAAAUAGAGCCCGCGAAGUAUCGGAACAAUGCCAGUGUCUAUUGGCGUGCACCUCCAUAGAAUACGAAGCAGAAACUUCACAAGCGGAUUACGAUUGGGAAGCGUUGUAUAGAGCUAACAAAUCAGAGAUCCCCGUAGAUUUGGCAAACGUGAGUUAUUCCCGAGUUAUGAUCUUCUUCAAAGAAGCGCAGUUCAUAACAUCUCGACGUUCCGAGUUAUAUGGGCAAACUGAUUUCCUGGCCAGCUGCGGAGGUCUACUCGGGCUGUUCAUGGGAUUCUCUUUUAUCAGUCUCAUAGAAUUAAUCUAUUUCUUAACUCUACGACUUUGCUGUGUAUUUUUUCGGCGCCAAAAUACGCUUGCUCCUGUGGAAUUUCCUAGCGCUACUGAUAAUAAAACACAUAAAUUUUAAUAUAAAUACGAAUAUAUAAACCUACUUACGUUGAAUGAAUGUAGUUUAAGAAAUAUAUUGAUACAUAAUA